CUGACCGAUUAUGCUGCUCGGAAGAAGCAGCGAGAGAAGGAGAGAGAGAAACUUCGUAAGGCUGGUCUUCUUGAAGAACCGUCAGCUAAAGCUGCUUCAGCGGAACCAGAGGAAAAGAAGGCAUCACCACCUGCUGAAGCUUAUUCACCAUUACAACUAAUGGCUGACCACCUUCUGCGGAAAAUUAUGUUGAAAGAUCCAGAAGAGUAUUUUGCGUUUCCGGUGACCUCAUCAAUGGCUUCUGACUAUCAUAAUAUUAUAUCCCAGCCAAUGGAUUUCUCGAAGAUGCGACAGAAAAUUGAAGAUGAUGCAUAUCAGACAAUUACCGAGAUGAAAACAGAUGCAGAGUUAAUUGUGUCAAACGCCUUGACAUAUAAUAAUCCCAACACGGUUUACCAUCUAGCAGCUACACGGCUGUCAGCCGUUGUCAAAUACUAUUUCUCCGAGCAGUAUCUCCGCUACAUCUUCCAUACACUUCCAUUUGCCAAUCAGGUCUUUCCAUGUAUUCGGACGAAACUCGAAGUUAAACAGGAGGAUCGUCGACGUCAGGCCUUGGUAGAUGACAUGACCGGGGAGGAUUGUUUAAUUGCUGCAGAUCCUGAAACUCGGUCGAGGUUGUCAGUUCGAUUACCGAACGCAAAAUUAGCGUUCUUGGAUAAUAAGGAUGGAGCAACCGUUUUGAAUGUGAUUGGUGAGGGAGAGAAAAAGGGUCUAAAACUUGGAGAUAUUAUAGGACCACUAGAAGAAGGCACACCUGGUAUGCUGAGUCUUGGGGAUCACAGGUUAUCCGGUCAAUCUAUGAUAACGUAUCUUAACUAUGGACCAUUCGCCUCAUUUGCCCCCCAGUAUGACUCAACUUGGGCCACACUAACAAAAGAAGACUCAGAUCUUCUCCUUAGGUGGGUAGUGUUUCUCUUAGUAUAUCUGAUGAAAGAGGUGAAAUUCUUUGAAGUUGCAAUUGGGUUUAAUUUUCAUUUGCAUCUGUCUAAAUGA